AUGGACGGCCGAAAAUGUCCACCUGCAUCACCCAUUACGCCACUAAACACAAUCCACAGCUCUCAAGGUUUCAGAGCGAAUCCAAAAGAGAAAAAAUCAAGAAAGAAGACGAACAAGAAGACCCAUUUGAGGAACCAAAAGUUUGAGAGAGCUCAGUAUUAUAAUGGGUGGUUUAGCAGCGAUGACGACGACGACGGUGAUGAGACCACACUUUUCUCCUCAAAAUCACUUUCCUCUGAUUCAUCUGGUCGGUCUUUUUACCAAAACAGAGCUCGUUGUGACCACCAAAUUGCGACGAGUAGGCGAAGAAGUAACCAGAAGGACUCUGAAAUGCGUCUAAUGCCGGUACUGCAAGGAAAAGUUAAAGACAGCUUUGCGGUGGUGAAGUGUUCGAGUGAUCCCUACAAUGAUUUCAGGACUUCAAUGGUGGAAAUGAUAGUGGAAAGGGAGAUUUUCGGAGCCAAGGAUCUUGAGAAUCUGUUACAGUGCUUUCUCUCUCUAAACUCUUAUCAUCACCAUAGGGUCAUCGUUGAAGUGUACACUGAGAUUUGGGAUGCUCUGUUCUCAAACUGGUCUUAUUGAAAGGUGUGUUGUCUUGGUGAAAAAAAACAGUUGAGAAUAGUUUAGGGUUUAAACCAUUAUAUAUUGACUGUAUUAAUGGUUAAUUAUUCUCACUAAUUGGAUCUUAUAAUCAAAUUAAUUAGUUGUUGAUGUUUAAUUUCCUGCUCUGCUAUUGUUUGGUUGCUUCUUUAUUUGUUGUCGUUGUUUUUUUUUUUUUUUUUUUUUUUUUGGGGUUCUAAAGAAGAUGACAGUUUCUGUUGCUUUUGAAUUGAUGUGACAAUGUGUGUACUUCUUUUUCCUUUACAACCUUGAUAGAUGAUGGCCAUGGAAAGGAUGGCUUGUUUGUUUCCAAGGAAAAUGUUACAGAAUGUAAGAAACUGUCUGGUCAGUUU